UCAGGAGAAGGAACGGAGCGCACUCCACAACACCCGCAACAUGGCCAUUCCUUUUUCCAACACAAAUUAUCGCAUCCCUCGAGGGUUUGCCACUCUCCUGGAAGGGCUCACCAGAGAGGUCCUAAGGGAGCAGCCGAAGGAUAUCCCGCUAUUUGCUUCCAAAUACUUUUCAGACCUUCUGCAGAACAGGGAAGGGAUGGGCUUCGAUCCGGUCGAAUGGAGUGCGUCUUUGGAGGACAGGUUCUACAAUAAUCACUCUUUCCAGCAUGCAGAAGAGAAUAUAUUCACUCCACGUUCUGAAGGUGUGAGCAGUUUUAGAGAGACUGCAAAGAUAGUGGACAUCUCUGUGGAAUUUCCACAGCCACUAGAUGUCCCAUUGGAGGAGGAACAUAAGGCACAGCCUCAAGAGGUCCCAUCAGAGGAGGAACACAAGGCAGAGCCUCAAGAGGUCACAUCAGAGGAAGAACACAGAAUAGAGCAACAAGAUGUCCAAUCAGAGGAGGAACACAAGAUGGAGCAACAAGAGGUCCCAUCAGAGAAGGACCACAAGAUAGAGAAACAAGAGGUCCCAUCAGAGGAGGACCACAAGAUAGAGAAACAAGAGGUCCCAUCAGAGGAGGAACACAAGAUAGAGCAACACAAUAUCCCAUCAGAAGAGGAACACAAAUUUCAGGCUCAAGAGGUACCACCAGAGGAGGAACAGCAAGUUCAGGCACAAGAGGUCCCAUCAGAGGAGGAGGAACACAAGAUACAACUACAAGAUGUCUCUUCAUCCACCCAGCGAUCUGAGGUUGAAGUUGUAUACAAGGAGGACGAGGGGCCGGGCCGGGACCAGGCUGCCACUGUGAUCCAAGCCGCCAUCCGGGGACAUCUAGUCAGACAGGAAGUGAAGAAACUCCAAGAAGUAGAGACAGGAGACUAGUGAGUGCAUUAUCCUGACGCGGGACUGACAAUCGACUGUGAAGAGCGGAAUGAGAACAAUCGUUCUGAGAUUCUUACUGCCAGCAAUGUUCCAAUAAACGGCUUUUUUU